AUGGCUCAAGUAAACAAAAAAAUACAGUUCGUGUCGUUAAUAUCACGCAAGGAUGUACCGUUAUAUAUCCAAUCAUUUGAUAUUGGGCCAAUGGAUUCAGAAAAUCCCGAAAAUGCCAACAAAUACCUCAAAUACAACUUCUUAUCACAUAUGGCCCUAGACAUAUUUGCAUCGCCGUCUUCUACCAGCCUACGUGAACAACAGCAGGAUAUAGAGGAAAAUGGUGGGGCAAUUCUUUUGUUUAUUCAGGAUGAUAUAACUGUGUAUGGGUACGAAACCAACACCGGAUUGAAAAUAAUAGUUGGUCUAGGAAUGAACGAAACAUCCUCUGAAGACAAACAAGACGACAAUAAGAGUUCACCAACACCUGAAUCGAGUAAUUCAGCUAAAGAAUCAUCUAAAUCUCCAGCAAUUUCUACAAAAAAACCAAUGAAAUUGAAGGAUUUAUUUUCCCAAUUACACAAGUCCUAUAUACAUAUAAUUUGUAAUCCGUUCACUAAUUUAUCUGGUAAUUUGGCCGAUAAUGAAACAAUAUUACAAUCGACUAAGUUCGACCAAAGCAUACGCAAAAUCGUGGAUAACUGGAAUGGUAUAUAA